UGAGAGGCGGUCAGUGCGGAUCAACCCAAAAAGUUUCGUUCAGUUGACCACAACUGACUGACGGGCCGCUGGAUUACUGGAUUACUGCUCAAUUUCACAAGAUUGAAAUUUUCAGCGCCAGGAAGUGUUGAGUGGAAUAUUCUGGUCACUCCCCUGAAGCAUCAAACACUAGUGAUACUGUCAGAGUGUUGAGCUGAAUUCAUCAUUAGAGACAUUAACAGCCAACAUGAAGAUCAUCAGGACACUGUUGGCUUUAAUGAUGGGCCUCAUGACUGCAGCUGCAGAUUUGAAUGGAAUCUGUAAACCAAGUUCUGUACCUGGAAACAAGAAUGAUUGGAUUGUCCUGAAGGAAAUGACGCCAGGCUGCUGGACAGACUUCAUCACUAAGGACAGCAUGGAAGUUCACAUCCUUAAGCUGCUGUUAUCACCAGGAACGAAUCCAAUAUUCAACCUCAACUUAACUGGAGCAAACCCCUCCAUUCUGAUCAUCACCUCCCCCAGCACACAAGACUUCCAUGUCUUGCUUUCUGAUAAUCCAUCAGUAAUCCUUUAUGUUACAAAUGGAACCUCAAUAAAGUUUAUACGACCAACUACUGUUGAACCUGUACAGAAACAGGUCGCCACAUCUGCAGAGGGAGAUUCUGGACUUCUGAAAUGGGCAACAGAUGAGUUUACAGGGGUCACAUCAUUUACCACAGUGCGAGACCCCAUGACCAUCACUUUCACAAGGAUAAAAGAUUCACAUCUACCCACCAGUUGUGACCUGCAGCUGGAGCUACCAUCAAAAAAAACCCUGAUUGAGCUGAACACAUCAUCUAGUGAUCUGAAAUCAUGUUAUAAUGAGCAUCCUGGAGAAAAACUGCACAUUAUCAAUAUUCCAGAUGAUGUCAGAAUAAGGAACGUGUCUGUGCAUUUGUCAAGCGAGUCUUGUGACAAAGUGGUCUUGAGAGGUCCACCGGACACUCAGUGGAAAAUCCAUACAAAUCAUGAAAUCAGAUUACUGUCUAAUAAUCAUAUAUUCUUCAAUAACCUGCUGAUGUCUCCGAGGUUUGCGAUCUUAGAUGAUCUUGAAGACAUCACGAAUAAGGCUUUUUCAUACUUCCAGAGCACAUCCGUCACCAGUUACUCUGUGAUUCAUCUGAACAUCUCUGCGGUCCAGCUGUGGAUCGGAAAGAUCACGAGUUCUACAGCAUCACCAGAAGUGGAGCACACCACCUCGGCAUCCAGUUCAUCACCGAGUCCUUUGCAGAUGCAGCUGUACUCAUCUCCAGACUACACGUCACCUCUGGAUGCCAGCAGCAAAGUUCACAGUAACAAGAGGGUCUAUGCAGAGAUCUCUAUUCAAACAUUAGGAAGUAUCUCCCUCAGCAUUAAAGUGAGAAGCUGUCGAGUGCACUCUAUGCUGCUGGAGAAGAACAUGCCUUUUAAAGAGGAGACGUGUUCCAAUAAAAACUGCCCCAAGAGACUCAGUUUCUCCUUCGAGCUGCUUCAAGAUCUUCCAUCUACCUCGUGGGAACUGGAGUGUGCCGUUCAGCUCUGUCAUGAAAAGAUCAAAUUUUGUCUGAAUGAAACAAAAGUCAAGAGGAACUUGCAGGUCAUCAAGUCUUAUAUGCCAAGCCCAAAUCAAUGUUUUGAGUUUGGACUGUCGGCUGUUCUGGGAAUCGCAUUUGGGGGAUUCAUGAUUGGAGUUCUGCUCAUUGGAGUUUUAUGGUUUAUUAAAAUACGCACAGGCCAUUCAGCGUCUAUGGGAUCAACCGCAGCCGAACUCUCAGUUCUCUCGAUAUCAGGAUGCCCAUGUGGUCUUACCAAACGUCAGCCGGUCCCCACCCACCAGUCACCCUCUGAGAACAGCAGUGCCAACGCCAGCAUUGGCAGCACCCAGAGCACACCCACCAGCAGCAUGGCAUGAUACCUUCCUCUCUCACUCGAACCUGUUUCACUUUAAAUAUCCCAAACGAGUGAAAAUUAUAAACGUUCUUUGUACCUCACACUACUCCAUUCAGUCUCCAGCUAUGGGAAGUCAGCAGGGACAAAGGAAAAAAAGGAAACCUUGGCUCCCAGAAACAGGAAAAACAAAGCAUAACCCCCAGGAAAUAACAGGAAAUUUGUCGCAUUCUUGCGCCUCUCUGAUGGAGACAAAAUAAGAUCUCACAAAAAAAGAAAGACAAGCGGCACGUCAACUCAGUGAUGCAUCAGUGCUUUCAAACGUGGCUAAUUACAGCUCAAAGACACGUUACCCAGUUGUAUUCACUGGUCCGGCGACCAAACUAAUGUCAAUAAACAUCUCAUGGACAAACACAUUGGACUGAAACUAAAAAUAAAUCAACAUAUUGAACAUGAUCUAUAAAUAGAAUAGGAAUGAAAUUGGAAAAAUGCUUUUUCAGAAUUUUACUGUAAAGGUCUCACUUGGGACAUUUUGGGAAAAGGCUACCUCUGAGUCUCAGUGAUAUAGAAUUGUUAAAUAUUUGUUUGACUUUGAGUGGAUCUAGAAAACUAGAAGCCAUGGCACCAAUCAUUUUCUUUAAAGCCACAGGGAGGGAACUUAUUUUAUAACAAUUUUGCUUUCCCUCAUAAUUAUUUCAGGUUCACUCUCAAUAGAUUUAUUAAUAACUUAUGGAAAUCAACCAUGGUUUUUCAACAGUUGAAUUAUGGUAUUUGUGGUAAAACCAUAGGAACCACAAAAUGUACCUUUAGUACAGUAGCCAUAUAUUAACCGUGAUAUUUGGGGUAAAAAAAUAAUAAUUUGAAAUACUUAUAACCAAACCUGUGGUUAUAAAAAUCUGAAUAAAACAA